UGAUUCAUUCAUAAAAUGAACAGCCGGUGGAAGGGUUUGGCGGGAAAUCCAGCUGACGACACAGGCGGGAGGAGGAGCCUGAGAUUUGGCGCGCAGUGUACAGCAUGGCGGCAGCAGUUGCAACAAACUCAGAGCGGGGAUUCCCUCCGUUUCAAACCAGCCUUCCCUGUUCAGGUCAUAGAGGCAGAAGAAGGUGACGACGUCUCGUUAGAGUGUCAACAAGAUGCCGAAGUCAGUUUGGAGGAUUCACUAGUGGAGUGGAGUAAAGACAGCCGCACGAAUCUUGUCCAUGUUUAUAGACAUGGACGAGACUAUCUUAAUGACCAGAAGGAAGAGUUCAAAGGCAGGACAACCCUCUUCCAUGAAGGAUUGAGCCGAGGAAACGUCACCCUGCAGCUCCGCUCUGUGCGUCUGUCUGAUAGUGGAAGAUUCAGGUGCUAUGUGAAAAAACUGGACCUCUAUCGUAAUAUUACCCUCAAAGUCGUGCAGAAAGGCCAGAACAACCCAACACAAGAUUUCAGUUCAACUCCACUUCCAGUGGAGACAACAACUGAACCAAAUGAUCCUGAUGUUGGAAACAUGAAGGCUGUCUAUGUCGGUGUCCCUUGUGUUGCCCUUCUCUUCAUCGCCAUCGGAGUUGUUGGUGCUCUGUUCAAAUAUGGAAUCAUCAAGAGGUGCAUGGAGAGGCUGAGAGGGAAGAAUGAGCAAAAACAAGUGGAGGAGGCAAACGGAUCUGAAAUGAAAGAACUGAAGACCUCCGAGUAACAGAACGGUGAUGAGGACCUGCGUCACCUGUCGUGGUGCUUGGCAGACCGGCUGCUGGAGUGAGAAGACGACUGAAGCUUUUUACUUGACAAAAAACCCCAUCAAACCUCCAGAUGUGGGCUGGUACAAGUUUACACAUCUCAGAUAUAAAAGUAAUUAUUUAAUUUAGUCCAGAAGCAAAGGAUGGAAAAGAGCAUUUCAUCAGAUUUGAGCUGGACUCAAAUUAGUCAAGAAUUAGGCCACAACAAAGGUUCUGUUAAAAAAAUAUAUAAGAUAACACAAAAUGGGACCAAUCAUUUUCCAUAUUAAAAUAAUAGCAAUAAUAUUCUUUAUUUAUGUAGCACUUUUCAAAAACAAGUUUAUAAAUGAUUCAAAUAUAUGAAAAAUUGAAAAUACACAGUGCAGUAAUGAAUUCAAUGCAAUAAAGAGAAAAAAUAACAAGUUUAUAAAAAUUAGUCUUUAAAAGAGUUUUAGUUAUUUAAUAAUUAUAUAUUUUAAAUAUAGUAACAAGACCUGACAAUCACCCUUUAGUCCUGAUUUCUGGGCCAAAAUAUGCAAGAAUAUUUUCCAAAUGCCUAAAAAUAUUGACUUGCAAAGAGAGACGGCGCAUCUUGUUUCACUUCCCUCAAGCUUACGACUGUCAUUAAUAAAAAUUUUGACUGCAAAAUAAGUUUUAAAUGCACUAAAAUUCAGUCAAAUCCCUCCAUCCCAGCAUUAAAAAUGCAGCAGAGGACGACCAACGUAGAGGGUCGUGACCUUGUGGCUACGUAGUGUCAGGGGACACCAGCUGACCACCAGGAUUAAUAGAUGAUGGUCAGAGCUAACCAGCCAUGAGCAGCUGCUGUCAGACUCUCCAUGUCACAGAGAGUCGGCUGCAGCUUUUAACCGUCACUAGAAACACAUUCAUGGCCCUUUUGGUAAAAGUUUCUGUGGUAGCGGUUCUGCUACGAGGGGCUCUCUGGUGUGUGUCAGUACGUAGCCGUAUCCCCGCUGUUUAUCAUGUUAACAUUACCGUCGUCAGAAUAUCUUGUAAAACUCUUGACUGUAGCACAGUUAGUUAUCGGCGGGAACAUGUGUUGUGUUUACUGCCACAAAAAAAGGGAUAAAGCUGUUGUUCAUGUACGACGUCGCCUCUCUGCGUCUCUUAUCAGGCUUAUUAACACGGUUAGCUAGUUAUAUGAAAUAUACCUCGUAGUGUUGUCUAUACGUCACAAUGACGGAGGGGCAGAGCAUUCGGCUGAACUGAAUUUUCAAAUCCAAGUAGACAGGAAUAAGCUAAUUUUUUAGCAGAAAUGUAGGUUUUUUAAUACAUUAUAUCACCAAAAAUCACCUGAAUUUUAACUUUAUACGCCAACAUAUACAUGUGUGAUUAUGUGCACCUGUGAACAAAAAAAAAAAGUCCUCUUCCUUACUUUCAUAACUUUUCAAACUCACUGCUCUUACUAGUUUCCAUAUGUGGUACGAGCAUUAUCAUCUUUCUGUGCAUUUCCUGUCUGAAUGAUGCCGCAAGGAACAUUAAAGUAAAAGUCACCUCUGUCUAAAUGACAGAAAGCCUUAACAGAUGGAUGAAGCUGACAGUAUUAUGUAUUCCAUGUCAGGAAAGGGCUUAUUAGAUGGAUUGCCAUGACCAGUACUUUGAUUUGUGACCAAAUGCCUGCAAAACUAAUGACAUUCAGUCGUGUUAACAUGCUAACACGCUAGAAAGAACAUCAUAUUCAUUUUCACAUCAUAAACAUGUUCGCAUGGUGACGUUGGCAUUUAUCUCAAAUCACUCAUCUAAUUACACCUGGUGCCAUCUCUGAAAGCAUUUAAAAAGCUGAUUUUUUUUUUUUUUUUUUUUUAAAUAUUAAUUGUUUUUCCAUCUAUUUAUGAAAGCCUCAUGUCAAAAAUAAGAGCUUGAAGCUGGACGACUGUUACUGUAAAUGCUCUCUUGGCUGGAUCAACAACAAACAAUAUGAAGUUUAUUUUUUUUACACUAGUUCUCUUACAUCUCUGGUUGUAUCUGUUUAUCUAUGUUUAUCUUAACUUGUCUAUGAGUUUUGUGAGUCUUGUCAGUUUUUUUCCUCUAUUGCUGUCACACUUUCUCUUUUUUACGUUAUAUUUCUAUUACUUUGAACUCUAUGUACAAUAUUUUAAUCUAAAUCAACUGGCUGCCUCUGUUUUUAACUAAAUUAUUUUGCACCCCAAUGAAAUGUGCUCCACAAAUAAAAUUGAUAUUGACUUUGCAAUCAAAUCUGUAAAAUGCCUGAAUUAUCAUGGCUAUGAAUAAACUAUUAUUUAUUUUACCAAUA